AUGGGCUGCAAGACCGUGCCUCUAGCCCGGUUCUGGAGAGAACUGGUCACAAUCCUGCCCGAGAUUGCAAAGUCCGAGUAUGUAGCCAUCGACUUUGAAAUGACCGGCAUCGAGCCUCGCCGCGCGCCAAAGCUUCACAAGCCGACAAAGGACGAGAUCUACCAGCGGGCCAAGCAGGCAACCGAGACGUUCAACGCGGUGCAGUUUGGCAUCACCUGCAUUGUUUUUGAUGACGAAGAGAAAGACACAGUCCAUCUCAAGUCGUACAACUUCAACGUGUCGCCCAUGUUUGACACCAGCUUCAGUGGUGUGGACACCAUCGCACGCACGCUGGACCGCACACUGACGCUCUCGUACAAGACGCUGAUGUUUCUGAAGCGCAACCGCAUCCGCAUCGAAGAUGCCUAUGACGGUGGAAUCUAUUACCUCAGUCGGGCGGAGGAGGCGGAACUGCUGCCCGAGCUGUUUGCCACUUCAAAGCAUGGUCGGAACGACGACAUUCUGCUGGAGGAACAGAAGCCGGAGACAAUGCAGUUCUACUAUGAUACGAUGCACCAGAUUCGGAGCUGGGCGGAAAAGGAGGAAGAACCGGAUCGACUGUCCUACCUCAACAUAGUCAACCCGCACCAAGGCCCGUUGACGCGUUUCCAGCGCCGUCUGGUCUACCAGAUGCUCGAUACCGAGUUUGGCGGCAGGUACAGGGCGACUGUCAACGGUAACUUCUUUAUGCAAAUCACGGAAAAGGAUGCUGAAAACGAGAACAAGCGCGGUCUUCGGUACAUUGCCGAAGCCCUUGUUGGCGGCGAUUUUGCGAACGAUGUCUGGAGCAUGUACAAGCAGGACAACGCAAUGGUCGAGCCUGGCUGUGAGGCACGUCUCCGAGAAAGCGAGGCCAAAUUAAAGGAAAAGAGGCCUGUUCUCGUCGGUCACAACAUGUUUCACGACCUGUGCUUUUUUCAUGCCACAUUUUUCAGUCCGUUGCCCAACACACUCGACGAGUUUGAUCGCAUCGUGCAUGAACUGUUCCCGCGUAUCAUAGACACGAAGCACAUACUCAAGCGCGACGACAACGAAAUGAUGCCAUCGAAAAGCCUCGAGGAGGUGUUUGUCGACAUUGAGGGGGCUAGUUCGCCUUUCAAAAUUGCCGGCGAGAGAGCCGGCCACGCAGACAGGCUGCAUCAUGUGAACGAGCACCAGGCCGGCCAUGACAGCUAUAAAACGUCAGUGGUCUUUCUCAAAGAGAUGUGGAGACGGGUGGACUCGACGAAGAAAGGCACCUAUUCACACAAGUUGCUGCUGUGGGAGAACAGCCUCGUCAAAGGGUUUGCGAACAAGGUGCGGCUGGGCAACGCCGGGCUCUGGCCUGUUGGGCGAAUGGGAGAGUGUGACACAAUGGCGAAAUGA